GUUACACAAUCCCACCCCACCACAUGCUAGCCGCAUGAAACCGGCGACUCUAGGGACCCGCUAUUGGGCAUCUGCAUGAACCUUCUACUGUGUAAUAAAGGGCAUACAGCGCCACCAUGGCUUCUUUCUUAAACGUACUACUUACAUCCACAUACCUGCUACGAUUUUGGUCAACUCAUAGUGCGCGACGUGUUCCCGGAGGCAACAUGCCCCGACAACUCGUUCAUCGCUUAAAGUUCAUCUCCCCCAAUGAGAUCCUGGAUGCAUUGAUCGGGGGAUACGCCAUCAUCCAUCCUGUCGCUCGUCUUCGGCCUGUUCAGCAUCUCCUCGUUCUCCAGCUCGCGACAAGCCAAUCAACAAGCUGACGUCGCCAACCUCCUCGCCUUUAUGCAACUAUGUAUGCAGCAAGAAUCAGAGGACGUCCGCAGUCUAUGUGACAAGAGCAGACCCGCAGCACUCGAGGCGUUGGCCAGAUACGUGGAUACCGGCUUU